UGUUCUUUUUCAUUGAAACUACAUGGAUAGGAUGCAAAGACGGAGGCCUGUGUGUUUUUGUUUUGUUUUGUUUUUUCUAUUUAUUUGGAUUUUGUACUAUGCUGCUCAGCUUUAGCAGAAAGCUUGAGACAAUGCCCUAAUGCCAUCGUUUUAUGCUGACACUCUAUUUACUGCAUACAACUUCUACUAGUUAAGGAAGAACGUAUCUUCAAUAUACUGGUUUAAGACUAGAUGAAAAAAACAGUAACAAAUGAGGAAGAUUCAAAUGAAAAAGUAAAAAAUGUAUCUAUAGAAGAGCAAAGAUUGUCUAGAGCUUCGAAAUCCUCUUUUCGGGUCGUCAUUUUUGGAGACUAUAAGAAAAUCAGCCGUAUCAUAAAAUCAGUUUUUGGGGUCAAUCAUUUAAAGACUGUUGAAAAGUUUGAAUUUGGAGAAAGCUUGUCAAGUGAAGAAAAUUUCCAUUUUGUUGCAACAUGCGCGAAUCUGCGUCCAUCAAACUGCUUACCCAUACUUUCGUGGAUAAAACAACAACAGGAGGACUCAGGUUUAAAUGGACUUCACUGCAUAUGGUGGGUGGCCGACCUCAACACGAUUACCUUUGAUGAUAUCCAUUUGCUAAGGUACUUCCAAGGGUGCCAGAUACCUAUCGUGAGCAUUCUAUAUGGUUUGAAGGGUUUUGUAGAAGAUCUCCACAGCUGUUACCGUAAAAGAGACGUCUUAAAGAUUACCCCAGACGUCGCUGAUGGAAACGAGGAAGAUAAAACCCUCCUUUUAAAAAAGAAAAAGUUCUUACUUGUGUGUAAACUUUCGAGCGUUUCCUAUAAAAAUGAAGUGGUGCAUUCAACGUGUCUUGCACUCAAUCAAGAUGAGUCGUAUCUUACGUUUGUGGCCGCCCAGCAGAAGGAUCCUCAUUGCAAAUUUCAUUCAGGCAUCCUAAGAGGAAUCCUGCAAUUGAAAAUAGCUACUUCUGCAGCUACUUCCCCACUCGCCAUCCCGUUUUCGUCACUGGCUAUUGAGAAACUAGCGAUUAGCCGCCUGUGCAUAGACAUUAUUCAAAUUUGGGAUAUCUGCCCAGAGUCUACCUCCUUAACUAAAGAGAUUUUAUUACAGAUACCAAAGGCAGAGGAUAUCAUUAUGAGUGUUGGGAAGAUGAUUUUUAUGAGCAUGUUUAUACCUCUUUGGUUUAUCAAGGGAUUAUGGGAAGUUCCAGCUGCAGCCAAGCUAAUUAUUGCAAGCAUAGCCGACGUCAGUCUUCCUAUGGAACGCAUGUAUUAUUUUGUCAAAGCCGGAGGCCAGCUCAACGUUCAAGUAAUCUCCCAAUUUUUCCGCUUUUAUAAGGUCUAUGUUCAACCAAAGAUGAUGGAGCACUUAAAAGAAUCCACUGCUUUUAAUGUUAUUUCCGGAUUUUCUACUGGUUUAGUGUACCAUGAAGCUGUGCGAGUGCUUCAGAGAUUUCGCUACGUCUCAAAGUCUUCUGCUUCUGACUUGGAACUUCCUUACGUAGAUCCAGAGGAUGAGUCUUUGUUAUUUGACUAAUAUCUAUCAUUGUUAUGACCGUGAGUGAUUGUUCUAACUCAAUAUAUGAUAACAUUAAAAUGAUUACUAUAUGUUUAUUUUUGGAUAAAAAAAUUCCACUUCUUUCUUUGCCAUGAUAAAUUGAUGAUAAUUGAAAUGAACCCGUUUUCUCGAAAAAUUGAACAGAAGUUUAGUAUCUUUAAUGGAAGUAAUGCCACUGGUUUUUUAGAAGGAAAUAUCUGGCAGUCAUUCAUGCAAAUGUUCAGACUAAAUCAUACUACUUGUUGACUUGCUUCACCUUUUACGUUAAACGACCUUUCAAGUAUUUGGAAUUAGGAAUGACCACAAUAUAAUGAAUGGAAUGAUGAUUAUGAAGCAUUUACAGCAGUCUUUUGGGCAAGCAUUACUUUCUAUGUUUCCAAUAUCAACACAAAUACCUCUUGACAAGAGUUCUUUCGUUUAACAGUAAGCUUAAAUUAGGGAGUAUGAGAAGAACACUACCACCAAAAUUUUUUCUUUUCUGAAAUUCAUUGAAACUGAAUUCUAUCCAUCUAUUUUUUUUUAGUUUUCUUUUUUAUUCUUUGGUGGAAUCCUUUUUUGGUUUCAAACCAGCUUGGUAAAAGCCCAAGUA